UAAUCGAGAACUGGGAACUUUCGGGAAUUCAGGAAGUUUCGGAACUAUUAGCUAAUUAGGCACUGCUCUGCUUUAGUGCGCUCACUUUGUACUUCUUUACCGUACCAUUCUGCUGUUUAAACUAACAAUCCAGUCCUUUAACACACGUAUUUAAUGUCAGCUAUUCAGAAGCACGUCCACAGGCACCAUGGUGAACAAACAGGAUUUGGAGGAAAGCUUAAAAAAGCUGCUUGUGCGACUGAGGAACAACCUCGAAGAGGGGAGGCAGUUGGGCAGCAUGGUCCAGAUCGUUCAGGAUCUUCUGUUCCUUGCACACACUGACGACUGUGAAGAACUGUUUAAGGACAAAAACGUCCAUGAGCCACUGAUGCUGGUUCUCACGUCUUGCAGCAACAGUAAACUUCAGCAGGUGGGAUUGUCCCUGCUCUGCCGGCUGAUGGAGAUCUGUCCUGCCACUCUGGACAAGCUGGUUUAUCCCCUCCAAGCUGGGAAAGAUUGGGAAGUUCUAGGGGUGCAUAAGCAGAUUCUGAAGGUGCUGACCAAUUAUCACAAAGACUUUAAAGUAAUAAUAGUAGCACUACGAGCGCUGGCCCUGCUGCUGAGAUCCGAUGAGCUGGCACUGCUGGUUCUGGAGGAGGACUUGGAUGUGUUUGAGCUGGUGGUGGAAUCUAUGAAGGAAUUUUCUCAUAGUGAGGAGCUGCAGCUUCAGGGCUGCUCUGCUCUGCAUCUGCUGCUAGAGAGAGUUCCAGAGGAACAUCUGCAGGAGUUUAUUGAAAGAAAGGAUCAUACUGUGGUUCUGAGUGUGCUCAGUAGGUUUAAGGACAGUGAAAAUGUAGUGUUGGCUGCACUGCAGACGCUUAUACCAUUAGCUGGUCCUGCAAGCAAUGUGGAAAUUCUCAUGUCCAAAACGGAAAAGUGCUACAGCUUGGUGUGCCAGGCAUUGGAAGCGUGCUCACAGUCGGAGGCUGUACAGGAGACGGGAUGCUGCCUGCUGCAAAAAUUUACUUCAGAGAGUUACUUCAAUAUCCUGGUGCUGAACGAUGUGCACAGAGUGGCUGUACAAGCUUGUCUUUCCUACCCUAAAAAUGCCAAAAUCCAGGCUGCUGCUCUUUCCUGUCUGGCUGCACUCACAAAGACAAUUGUGGACAAUAAGGGUCUUGAGAGACACAGCAGUGAGGAUGAGGAUGUGGUUGAGGGGAUUAACAGAGAGGAAGAGGAAAAUGUUGAAGAGGAAGGCUUGGUUUGGAGAGAGGCUUGCUGUACAGCUUUAGAGAGACAUGCCGACAAUGUAGUCGUGCAGGAGGCUGCCUGUUGGGCUUUAAACAGCUUGCUGCUUUACGGCAGUGCACGCAAUCAUAUAUACAUGGAAUCCAAAGACAGGCCUCCUGUACACAUUCACUUAAUCACUGUGAUGCUUCACUCCUCAAGUGUUGGUGUGUUUCAGGCAGCAGCAACCACACUGAGCACACUUAUACGUCGGCACAGUAAAAUGAGGUCCAAUCUGCUGAGCUGUGGUAUUCACUACAAUAUUGUAGAACUUAUGAAGAAACAUGCACUCUCCAGCACAGUGUGUGAGAGUGCUUGCAGACUUCUCUUCACACUUUUUCAAGGAGGCAGGAGGAUGAGUCUGGAUGAAGGGACCAUGGCUCUGGGUCAAAUCCUGAUCGCCAUGAAAGAUCAUAGCUUUCUGCCUGAAGUACAGCUUGAGGGACUAAGAGCCAGUCUGGUGCUCCUCAACCCAGACCGCAGUUUGAGGGAGGAAGGUACAUCUGUAGCAGAUCCAGACACUUUAGAUGUAUCUUUGAAAGUUUUGAAGAAUCAGUGUGUGAUAGAGGGAGCACAUGCUGUUUACCUGGAAGCCCUAAACAGGUUCAUCAGCAGUGAGGAGAUCCAAGAGUGUGGGCUUGUUGUUCUGACAGCUUUGGCUGAUUGCUCUGGAGCUGUUGAUCUCAUGUGCCAACAGGGGGCGAUAGAUACAGUGCUGCACACACUACAGAUGUUUCCUCACAAACGAGAUAUCCAUUACUGGGCUCUAAGCCUCCUGUAUCAUCUCAUGUCAAAGAAGAAGCUCUUACAUAUGAUGGUGCGCGUGCUGGUAUCUGUUCUAAUUGUCUCUGUGAGACAGCAUAAAGAGGAUGCAGAGAUGCUUCACAAAGGUUUUCAGGUGCUGUGGAAGCUGUUGGACACAUGUCCAAACGCAGCAGCCGAGCUGGAUAAAGAGGGCUUUGAGAAGGAGAUCUUCCAACAGUUGAGGGAAAGCUCUUCAGAUAAGAGAUAUGAUCCACUGCAAAAGCUUAGCCGGAUGUGUCUGUCAAAGAUGGCAGUGGACAGCGAGAUCUGUUACCGGCUACUAGAAAGGGCAUGUGAGGAAAGGGAUGUGGUCAUGGCUGAGUGUCUUAUACAUUUGGGAGCUGACGUCAAUAAAAAAACCAAGACAGAGUCUUUGAUAUAUCAGGUGUGUGAGCGUGGUGGGCCACUGCCGUUGGUUGAGCUGCUAGUUAGCAGUGGUGUACAUGAGCAACAGCUGCGAGGCGCUCUGAGCGUAUGCGUGAGAGAACGAGACGGACCACUGGUCGUCCUUCUGCUGGCUCGACUGGGUCUGGACCACACCAACAACGCUCUGUGUCUGGGAGGGUUCAGGCUUGGACAUUUGGAAGCCACAUGGCUUAGUGCACUUCUGUCGGAGCGCAGAGCUCCCCCUACUACCCCGAAGAGGAAUAGUAAGGGGCAGUGUCUGGCCAGAUGGAUAAAGUCCAUGCAGAAUAGGAGAAGUCAUGUUGUGAGCUGUCCUGGGUAUUACUCUGAUGAGGGGAGUGAUGACUCCUCUUACACCUCACUAGAUGACAGUGUGUUUCUUACACUUGAAGACAGCGAUGGAAGUGACAGUUCUGUUUGGGGGAUGAGAAGUUUCUGUGAUUCACCGGAGCUGAGGGGGCGAUCUAAAACAAGGCAAGAGGGUCAGCGAAGACGUGCUUCCUCUGAGGCAAGGAGUGAUGUUCCCGACGUUACCGAUUCCUUUUCAAAUAGGUUGAACAAGAAUGGCAUAUUUCAAAGAGGAAUGAUUUUUUCAGAGAGCUCUUCCCCCGGUGGUUUACUGUCAAGUAUGGACAGAGAUCGUAUUAGACUGCUGGAUCUGUCAGGGAAUGAGCUGAACUCUCUGUUAUGCUUGAUGGAUGACAGUGUAGUUCUGCAGCAGCUUGAGCAUCUAUUACAUCUUGAUCUGAGCAGCAACAGCCUGUCAGAGUUUCCCCCUGCUCUCUGUGAGAGCUUGAGAAGCCUCACUCGACUGGAUCUACAAGGCAACCAGUUGCACACACUUCCUGCUGAACUGCUGAGCCUACCCUCAUUAAGCAUGCUCAACGUCUCACAGAACUCCGUUGGUCCAGAGCUCUGUUUGGACCCAUACGUGUGCUGUCCGUGUCUGCGGCAGCUUAACCUUUCCUACAACAACAUCACUGCCUUUCCAUACCAGCUGGGCAAAGCCAUGGAAAACCUUCGUGAGCUCUCACUGGAGGGGAAUCAAAUCUCUGAACUCUCCUUACCUCUCUCUCUCCCUGAACUGAAAGUGUUAGAUGUAUCCAAAAAUAAUUUAAUGAUGAUCUCUGAUGAUGUCCUGUCUUUAUGCAUUAAGCUGGAAACAUUCAGCGCCUCCAACAACAAACUUAGUUAUUUGUCACCACUGCCAUCUAAAUUAACAACACUGAAAUUAUCCCGGAACAAUUAUAAAAGUGUGCCUGAAGCAAUCGUCAACCUACCAAAUUUGCGAUCGUUGGACAUGACGAAUAAUAGUAUCACUGUCCUGCCUGGUCCAGAGAUCUGGGGCAGUGCUAAUCUGAGAGAGCUGAUGUUCAGCAAGAACCAGAUAUCUGUGCUGGAGCUGAGAGAACCUGUUUUUAAGUGGGCUCGUCUGGAGAAGCUGCAUCUGAGUGAUAACAAGCUCACUGAGCUUCCCCCUCAAAUUGGGCUGCUGGAGGAGUUGACCUCAUUAGAUGUGAGUGGUAAUGAGGGCCUGCAUUCUUUUCCUGAUGAAAUUGGUAAGCUGGGGCGGCUGUGGGAUUUGCCCCUGGACAGACUUCAGCUUCAGAUGGACCUUAAACUUAUUGGAAACAAGACCAAAGACAUUGUCAGGUACUUUCAGCACCGCCUAAAGAAGGCUGUUCCAUAUUACCGGAUGAAGCUGAUAGUGGUGGGAACUACAGGCAGUGGAAAGACCACACUGAUCCAUCAGCUAAUGAAGCUCAAACGUUCCCAGUGGUACUGUGGCACACAUAUCUCCAGCAUCACCAUCAAAGACUGGACCAUCCGAAACUACAAGAAAAACAUGGUCUUGAACUUUUGGGACUUCUCAGGUGGAGAGAAGUACAGUGGCUCUCACCCUCACUUUAUGAGCUCUCGAGCUCUCUACUUGGUACUGUAUGACCUGAGUAAGGGAGUCAGUGAGUUGGAUGCAGUCAGACCCUGGCUCUUUAACAUCAAAGCUUUAGCCCCUCUCUCCCCUGUAAUUCUGGUUGGCACUCAUCUGGAUGAGUGUGAAGAGGGUUUGUUGCUUCAGUGCGAGCAUAAGCUCCGUGACGAAGUGCUGUCCAUGCCCGGUUUCCCAACCAUUAGAGAAAACUUCAUGCUCUGUGCCUGUGAGGAGUCCGUCCUGAUCAGCAGACUUCGCAAGGUCAUCGUCAGAGAGGCCAGCGACUUUAAGAUCCAAGGGCAGCCAGUGAUGGGGCAGCUGGUUCCUGAUUCUUAUGUUGAGCUGGAGAGGAGGAUUCUGCAAGAGAAAAAUCGUGUGCUUGCUGAAUUUCCUGUGCUUAGACACCAGCGUCUUAUUGAGCUUAUUGAGGAGAGCCAGCUGCAGUUGGAGGAGGGAGAACUUGCUCAUGCCAUUCGCUUUCUAAGUGAGACUGGUGUACUCCUGCACUUUGAUGACCCUGCAUUCCAACUUCAAGAUUUGUAUUUCAUCGAUCCACAGUGGCUGUGCAACAUAAUUACUCAGAUCCUGACUCUAAGAAGCCUAUGUGAGAGUCCCAGAGGAGUGGUGCAGCACUCAGUGGUGGAGAGAUUCCUCAAUGAGAGCCGCUGUUUUCCCAAGGAACAGCUCAUGCAGUACUUUAAACUGCUGGAGAAGUUCCAAAUUGCUCUGCCUUUUGGGGAUAAACAACUGCUGGUGCCCAGCAGUCUGUCUGAUAACAAGCCAGUAAUUGAGCUUCCUCACUGUGAGAAUUCUGAGAUCAUUGUGAGGCUUUAUGAGAUGCCCUAUUUUCCCAUGGGUUUUUGGUCCAGGCUGAUCAGCCGUCUGCUGGAGUUCUCCCUGUUAAUGCUGUCAGAGAGAGAUAAAACUACAAGACCAAACCGAAUCUACUGGAGGACCGGGGUGUACCUGAACUGGUCUUCUGAGGCGUACUACCUAGUGGAAGCCUGUUUAAUGAAGAACAAGCCUGUUAGCUAUGUUAAAAUCACUGUGCCCUGCUCACGUAAAGGUCACAUGCUAUUAGGCCAAGUGGUUGAUCAUAUAGACUCUUUGCUGGAGGAGUGGUUUCCUGGUCUCCUCGCCACUGAUGUACACGGGGAUGGGGAGUCUCUUCUGAAGAAGUGGGCUUGUUACAGCUUUGACGACACACAAGACUGGAAUCAGAUGCUGCUGGAGGAUCUGCUCAAACAUAUUGAGAAAGAUGGUCGGUUGGUGAAUCCAGAAAACCCUCACUGUACAAUACCCAUCUCACAAAUAUGCCCUGAUCUAAUGCUGUGUGACCAACCUGCUAGUAUCAUGCUGAACCAUGAGGAGCUUGAGAUGGAGCUUUCCAAAGAGUACCUGCUUGGUGAUGGAGGCUUUGGCUCAGUGUACAGAGCAAUAUACAGAAAUGAAGAUGUUGCUGUGAAGAUUUUUAAGAAGCACGCUUCCCAUUAUUAUGUUCAUAGACUACUAAGACAGGAGCUGACAGUGUUGGGCAGGCUGCAUCACCCCAGUCUGGUGGGUCUGCUGGCUGCAGGGAGCUUUCCUCAUCUACUAGUGAUGGAACUGGCACCAUGCGGUUCUCUUGACUCACGGUUUGAACAUGAGAAUGGCAGAUUGAACCGCAAACUGCAACAUAGAAUAGCAUUGCAAGUGGCUGAUGGCCUCAGUUAUUUGCACUCUUCUAUGAUAAUCUACCGGGACUUAAAACCUCACAAUGUUCUGCUGUUCAGUUUGAAGGCUGACUCUGAGAUAAUAGCAAAACUGACUGAUUAUGGCAUCUCUCAGUACUGCUGCAGUAUGGGAGUCAAGAGCUCUGAGGGCACUCCAGGUUUCCGGGCACCUGAGGUUGCUCAUGGAAAUGUUAUUUAUAACGUUCAGGCAGACAUGUAUUCUUUUGGUUUGCUCCUAUAUGAUCUUUUGACGUGUGGAGAAAGAAUAUCAGAUGGAGUGAAGUUUCCCAGCGAGUUUGAUGAAAUAGCUGUGCAGGGAAAACUACCAGACCCAGUUAAGCACUACAAAUGUUCUCCAUGGCCAAUGUUUCAGAGUCUGAUGAAGCAAUGUCUGAGGGAAAACCCAGAGAGCAGACUCACCUCUGCAAAGGUGUUUGACUAUUUAAACUCGGGGGAGAUGCUUUGUCUGAAUAGUGAGCUGACGGUGCGUGGGCUGUCUAGUGAGUGUUUCACUGCGUCACAUAGCAAUGGAGGUGUAAAUGGGAGUGUGAACAUGGGUUCAUUGUCUCAAGUUUGGAUGGGAAGUGGCAGUAGCAGCCAGGGGCUCGGCCGUGUCACGUGUGUUGAUGUAGAGACGGAGAAAAUUUCCACACUGGAGGUUGACCAAAGUCCUGUGCUCUGCCUGGUGACUGUCAGAGUACCUGAACAGACCCAUGACUGGCUGGUUGCUGGAACACAGCGCGGAUCACUAGUGGUUAUGGAUACAAGGAGCAUUACAGUUUUGCACUGUUUGCGAAGUGUAAAGGAUGCGGUGACCUCGUUGUUCUUUCACACUCAGCGCAGCUGUUUGAAGAACUACUUAUUAGUGGGAACUGCAGAUGGGACUCUUGUCAUUUAUGAGGAUUCAGUAAUAAAGUGUGCUGAUGGUGGUCCAGUAAAGGUGGUGCAGGUUGGGAACGUGAACACUCCUCUGAUGUGUGUGGCUCCAUCAGGUCACCAUCUGGACCGUACCACGCUGUGGGCUGGCUGUGGCACCAAAGUGCUGUCACUAACUAUGGAUUACAACAUCUGCAAGAGCAUUGACACCAGGCCCAGCUUCUAUCAUAAGCAGCGGAUAGCCAGCAGCGAGGCAUGUAUCUCUCGACUAGUGGUGGAGAAGUUUGUGUAUCUCAGUAAAAAUGGAGGACAUACUGUGGAGGUGUGGGAUAAAAAGACUGGGAAGAUGAUUGACUUCAUCGACUGCGCACAGUUACUCAGGUCCAGCUCGAACAAGAAAAACAGGGCUGCCAGUUCUGACAUUUUUAGAGAGGUGGAGUCAUCAUGGGCUCGAGUAAAGGCACUGUUGGUUCAGCACAAUGGCACGCUAUGGAUCGGUACCAGAGCUGGAAUCAUCCUGCUGGUGGAUAUGACUACUCAUCAGCUACUACAGGCCAUCAAUUCCGGCUGCCACUCAGUGCGCAGUAUGGCCUCUGUACUCAUUGAGACACAGAACAGAAGAAGUGUGGUCCUGAUGUUGGGCAGACGCGUUCGCAAGUCUUCGGACCAGAUCAAGUCUCCGUUAGGUGAGGACUCAGUGCUAAUAACGUGGAGUAGCACUAUGCCUCAGGAAGUCAAGGAUCUGAACAGACACACUGAGCUAAGAGAACAGAUUACAGCCAAAAUGAGAGAACAGAACCAUGACUAAACUUUUGAUUUCUACUUCUUCACAGGAUCAGUAUGAAUUCUCAACACUAAAUAUUUCACCGUUCACCAAUUGGAAAUUUUGGUUCAAAUUUUAAUGUCAUAUUAAAAAGGGACGGUUUAUGUAUUCACUCAAAAUUUACAGAUCAUUUGUUUUUUAUUAUUAUGGACAUUAUUUUAAUUGUCAAAAAGUCAUUGUGUACUACAGCAAAGUGCACAAUUUGCUCAAAGUAAAGCUAGCUUAUUUUUGAAUAUAAAGUUGGCAGGUAUGUGUAUACAGUAAUGGAUUGUUAUACUGUAUGCCUAUGUUAGUUUAGUUAAAUCAUUGAUUUACGGGCUGUUUAGAUAUUUUGUUUUGCAUUCGUUUUUUGCGACUAUGUAACAAUACUAUGCUGUAUGUAGGGAAUUUGUUGCUCAGUGGUUAAGGGACUGCCACUAAGUUGCCACUGUUGAGCCCCUGAGCAAGGCCCUUAAACCUUAAUUGCAUGCAUUGUAUUCAUUAACAGUUGUAUGUUGCUUUGGAUAAAAGCAUCUGCAAAAUGCCAUCAAUGAAAAUGGAUGUAGCAGAUAUUUGGAAAAUGUAUAUAGCUCUUAAAACCAUUAUUUAACUGGGCUGAAAGCUGUACAACCCUCAGCACAGGUUAGCUGGAGAUUUAGUCGUUUUAUGUUACUAUGAGUACCAGGAGCCUGAGGUUUUAAACAAUUGGAUAUGCACUAAAAUUGGGCACAGCAAAUAUAUAUUGGAGCAGUUUUUCCAGACACAAUAUUAAACAGUGACGUUCCUUUUUCAAAUACAUUUACUUGAAUAUACUUUACUUUGAAUAUAUUUUAUUUUCUAAACAACUGCAGUUCUACUAUUUGCUGUAUUAUUUUGAUGUCUUAUUGUACACACAGGCUUUAUUUAUUUCAACACUUGUGACUCCAAAUCAACACAGGCUACAAUAAACAGUGUAACAUGGGUUAUUGUGGUAAAACAGCAUUUUAAAUGGAAAAGAUUUCUUUUAGAAAAGAACAAAUAGAAUACAAUGCUUUUGUCAUUUAUAAAUAUACACAUGUACAGUACAUUGAAAUUAUUUUUCCAUACAUCCCACCUUGUUUGGAAACUGAGGUCAGAGCUCAGGGUCAGCCAUUGUAUGGCACCCCUGGAGGCGAAAGUGUUAAGGGCCAUGCUCAAGGAUAGUGGCUGCAUGGCGGAGAAGGGAUUCAAACCCACCCUUUUGAAUGAUUGCCCAAAGCUCUACCCACAAGGCUACCACUGAUCUGGAUUUGCACCUCUACUACCGUUUACUAUUAAAAGAGGUACAUUAUCCAAAUAUAUAAUUAUAAGCUUUUGCCUGUUAUAAACCUAUAUUUAUAAGGAAGCAGCUUAAUGUGACAAAACACUAAGGCACAGUAGGCUUUUUCAUGUUAGAGGUUUUAAGGUCUCUUUUUUUGGAAUGCACUUAUUGUACUGCCAUAGCUUUCUUUCAUGGCAGUAGACAGCUAAACAUCCCACUGGCUUUCUAAAGCUGUGCUUAAUCAAUUAUAGGAAAGCAUAGCAUAGCGUUCAGGUCAUGUCCUUAGCUCUAGGUCAUGUAAAAACAGGUAACCUGACUCUGCUCUGGGGUGGUGCAAUAUUUUUACUUUUCUCCCCUGACCACUUCAAACAUUGCGUUGCUGGACAUGUCUUUCAUGCAUAACCAUUUGCAUGUAAUUUCUUGUUGAUUUGGAUAUUUGCUGUGUUAGCAUAUAAAAGCCAUAGGUUUAUACACUACAUAUACUGUAUAGCAGAAUUUUUGUGUGCACACAACUUUACAGCUUUCUCACACUACAUAUUUACUUCACAUGCUGUAGUACAUUUGCCAAAGGGACAUUGGACAUGAAUUGUAAAUUAGUUACUGAAUGCUGGACCAAUAAGCCAUAUAUUAGAUAAAGAUGUAUUUAUUUUUCCUUAAACUUGUAUGAACAUGUUAUUGUGUUAAUUGUUUUAAAAAUGAAUUUAGUUUGUAUGUUUAAUUGUAAAAAUGUCUCAAGGUUAUGUGUAGUAUUGAAUUGAAAUGGACAUAAAGGAAACAUUACAAAACCCUAA